UAAAUUUAGUAUGAGAGUGACUCUGUAGUUGUAGCCAGAUGGUGGAAAACUCGGAAGAUUCAAGAGCGUGGGCACGAGAGCAGGUUAAGUCAUUGCGCACAUAAACGCAGCAUCCAGCUUUGGAUCGAAAAUGAGGAUAGAGAAAGUAGGAGGAAACAGAAAAGGGGCUACUGUCAGUUGCCUCAGACACCUGAGUUUCAGUGAGGAAAAGAAGAUGAGGUUUAGAAGAGGAGAGGUGGUGUUCUACAGAUUGAAAAUUAGAUCUUAGACUGCGAAUGUUGCAGAAGUUAAUGAAGAAAAAGUUGAGGGGGGUGUCAAGACACUUAGGGUCGUCGACAGAAAGGCAGUCCGACCUGGGGACAUUUAUGGUCCCCUCCCCAGAUGGGGACUUCGAGGCUGGUGUAGGAGUCGCCAUGAUGAUUUUAAAAUUUUUGAGUGAAGGGUGUGUGUGUUAUUAGGUGCUUGUAGUUUUGUGUGGAGGAAGAGAGUUGUCUUUAGAGGGUAGGCUGUGACUGCCCCCUUGUGUUGUGAGACACAAAGGGAAACGUUCAGUGAGGUCACAGCUGGGUUUAAUGAUAAGUUCACAGCACCCCCUGAACAGUGCUUUAGACCUCACUGGGAGUAAUUAUCGUUUCGGCAGGUGUCUACUGCUUCCUCCUGUGAUUGUAUGGAAUGAAAGUGAAAUUGAUAAGUUAGAAGUGGGCCAGAAUAGAGUAGCAAGGAUGGCACUGAGUGCACCGAGGUGCACAGCAGUUGAAGCCUUGAGAGUUGAUAUGGGAUGGAGCACCUUGAAGGAGAGACCCACAAAAGCCACACUUAGGUACAAGAUUAGGCUUGAGAGAAUGGAUGAUGCAAGAAUGGCAAGUAAGGUGUACCUGUGGAAUGAAAGUGGAAGUAAAUGGAGGAAGAGGUGCAUGCGAAUAACAGACAGGAAUGGAUUGCAAGUUGUGUGGGCGACAAGAAUGGUUGGGAGGAAUCAAAGUGAGCGUGAAUGGGUGGUAACAAGAGGAGACAGAGUGGGAGCCGAAUGGAAUGUGAGAAAAUGGAAGAAUGAGAUAGACAAAGAAGUGAAAUGUGUGGGACUGAAUGAAUGGAAGAAUGAGAUGGAAAGAAAGAAGACUCUGGAAUGGUACAAGGAGAAAGGGGCCCCGAGGUAUGAAAGGUGGUAUGAUGGAAACCUAGGCGGUGAUCUUCUCUUCCGAGCGAGGGAACAGUGUAUGGAUGUGAAUGCAAGGAGUUAAAGGUGGUCCGAGUCCCACAGCAAAGUGUGCCAGAUGUGUGACAUGGGAGAGGAUGAGAUGGUGGAACAUGUGGUGCUGGAGCGUGUGAAGUAUGCCAAAGACAGGAAUGAGAUGAUGCAAGUGAUACUGACUGAGUUAGGGCAUGAUAGGAAUGAAAGAGUGGAGAAGACAGGUAAGAAGUGGAUGGUGUUGUUGCUGGGAUUGUGUAGAGAGGCGAAUGAAAGGAUGAUUGAGGCGGUGAAAGUUUCUGGAGAGAAUGUGGCAUGCCAGAUGUAUCAACAAUUAGGAUAGAGGAUGCUGUUCGUUUCUUUCUUUCUUUUUUUUUUUUUUUUGAAAUCUACAGGAGUUGCCGAUCUAAAGGCCUGGCUCAGGAGAGACAUAGAAACAUACUGGGUGAAGAGUGAGAGAGGAGUUAGGCAGGGCUGUAUAUUGUCACCAACCCUUUUUAGCCUGUAUACAGAGGAGCUAGCAGCCAGGAUGAGAAGAAUGAAUGUAGGGGUAAGUGUGGGGAAUGAUAAAGUAUGUGUGCUCCUUUAUGCAGAUGAUGUAGUUGUUAUGAGUGAAUCAGCAGAUGAGCUUCAAAGUUUGUUGGAUGUAGUGGAUGGCUAUGGUAGAGACUUUGGAGUAAGGUUUAGCAGUGAGAAAAGCAAAGUAAUGAUUGUGAAUAGGUCAGAGGAUGAAAGUAAUGUGGUAUGGAGACUUGGAGAGAAUGAGUUGAGACAGGUGCAAGAAUACAAGUACUUAGGGAUGUGGAUGAGUCCUAGUGGGUGUGCAAAGGCAAAGAAUGAAAAGAUAAGUAUGCUAAACCAGUGGGUAGGUUGAUUGGGAAGCACGGCAAGGAUGAGAGCAAGUAAGUAUGAUGUGUUGAGAGAAGUGUGGAAGAGUGUGGCUGUGCCAUGUAUAAUGUAUGGUAUGGAUGUGAUUGCAUGGAAUGAGAAUGAAAUUGACAAGUUAGAAGUGGGACAGAAUAGAGUAUCAAGGAUGGCACUGAGUGCACCGAGGUGCACAGCAGUUGAAGCCUUGAGAGGUGACAUGGGAUGGAGCACCUUCAGAGAAAGACUGACAAAAGCCACACUUAGGUACAAGAUUAGGUUUGAGAGAAUGGAUGAUGCAAGAAUAGCAAGGAAGGUGUACCUGUGGAAUGAAGGUGGAAGGAAAUGGAGGAAGAAAUGCAUGAGAAUGACAGACAGGAAUGGAUUGGAAGUUGUGUGGGCGAUAAGAAUGGCUGGUAGGAAUCAAAAUGAGCGUGAAUGGGUGGUAACAAGAGGAGGCAGAGUGGGAGCCGAAUGGGAUGUGAGAAAAUGGAAGAAUGAGAUAGACAAAGAAGUGAAAUGUGUGGGAUUGAAUGAAUGGAAGAAUGAGAUGGAAAGAAAGAAAACCUUGGAAUGGUACAAGGAGAAAGAGGCCCCGAGGUAUGAAAGGUGGUAUGAUGGAAGCCUGGGUGGUGAUCUUCUCAUCCGAGCGAGGUCACAGUGUAUGGAUGUGAAUGCAAGGAGUUACAGGUGGUCUGUGUCCCGCAGCAAAGUGUGCCAGAUGUGUGACAUGGGAGAGGAUGAGACGGUGGAACAUGUGGUGCUGGAGUGUGUGAAGUAUGCCAGAGACAGGAAUGAGAUGAUGCAAGUGAUACUGACUGAGUUAGGGCAUGAUAGGAAUGAAAGAGUGGGGAAGACAGGAAAGGAAUGGAUGGUGUUGUUGCUGGGACUGUGUAGAGAGGCCAAUGAAAGGAUGAUUGAGGCGGUGAAAGAGUUUCUGGAGAGAAUGUGGCGUGCCAGGUGUAUGAACAAUUAGGAUAGAGGAUGCUGUUCGUUUCUCUUAUUUUUUUUUUUUUUCUCCUUCUACAGGAGUUGCCGAUCCAAAGGCCUGGCUCAGGAGUGAUCCUGUGCCACCUGUACCAUCAAGAUCAAGAUCAAAAUGUACCAUUAAGAUCAAGAUCAAGAUAGCACUCGGGAGUGUUGGGAAAUUCAGUAUUUUCUAAGUUCAGCGAGCUCUGCACCAGUUAAGAGUAAACAUUGAAAUUAUUUUCCUUUGUUUAUAACUGGUGUUUGUGGGUAGCCGCAUAUUAGAUUUCACGGUAUCUAUACACCAGAUCCCUCCAAUCACGCGCUGCCACUCGCUAGGCCAUUCGUGCAGGGACCGAUUACGAAUCUCCAUGCCUGUGGGAGAAACAGCAGAACACAGAAGCCACAUGUCUCCUGAGCAUGGAUGUUGCUCGCCUGCAAGCAGACCAUCAACAGGGUAGUGAUGACAUCUGGGAGCCAGCUGUCAUCAGUGUUCCUGGGUGUCGCAAAAAUCAGUUCCCAAUGUGUCAAAGCGCUCAAAGACUUGGAACAGUGCAUUGUGUGUGCAGUGCUGAACCACAUAACACGUGUGAGUGACAUCUGCAUUCCCCACUGCCAUGGUGGAACAGCCUUUGGGUGAAGAUGAUACAGACGUGGACUACCCUCAGCUCUCUUCUACCACUGGGAAGUGAUACAGAGAGCCAUCCCCAGCUGUGGAAGGGAGGGAAAAGAUCCCACAUACAUCCGUGGUACCCCAGACGCUUCCAAGAGUAAACAUCAUGGAAUUCUUCCCGGCCUUAGUGUCGAUGUGGGGUCCCCAGCUGGCUGGGCUGCGUCUGGCAGGUCUGAGUUGCCAAUUGUUUAUUUUUCUUGCUGUGUUACCAGGUCAAGUAAGGAUUCUUUCUCUUGACAAGAUAUAUGAUCAUUAUUACAUUGCUAAUGUGCAUAGUCUCUCUCUCUCUCUCUCUCUCUCUCUCUCUCUCUCUCUCUCUCUCUCUCUCUCUCUCUCUCUCUCUCUCUCUCUCUCUCUCUCUCUCUCUCUCUCUCUCUC